GUUCUACCCAGUGGGAGAGAGUGUUCAACGUCUCCCUCAAAAGGAUCUCGUUCUGAGUGGCUUCCAUGUGCCAGCUGGUACAUACCUUGAUCUAAAUCCAUACCUAUGGUUGCUGAACGACAUGUACUUCAAUGAUCCUCUGGUUUUACAUCCUGAGAGAUGGCUUAGGGAUACUGCCGGAACCCUGGCAGUUGAUCCCUACAUUUUAAACCCAUUCAGCAUUGGAACUCGAAUGUGUGCGGGGCGGAGAUUUGCGGAACAGGACCUGUAUGUGGGGUUGUGCAGGCUUCUCCUUAAAUACCGACUCGAAGCUACAGACAACUCCCCUCCUCGGCAAGAAUGGAGUGUCUUGCUAAAACCAAAAACUCCUCUCCCAAUACGAUUUAUUGCGAGGGAGUGACUGUAAAUUUCUCUAGGGUUAUUUUUCUAUUUUUUAUAUUCAUGGUAUUUUGUUAUUAUUAUUAUUGAUAUUGAAGGUAGAAAUAAAAUAUGGUAUAGGAAAAUUGCAGUUGUGGUCAUCAGAAUAUUCAAAAUGUUUCUUGUAGAAAACAAAAAGUUCUUUAGGUUGUCUAAAUUUAACAACAGGUUAUGACAUUUUUGUGCUUUUGCUCAGUUUUCAUGUUCACCUGAAGUGCCUCCCACUUUCACAAACAAUGACUUCAGCUGAAGGCAGCUUUGUAUGGACAACAUGCUUUCUACAGUGGCAGCCAAAUGCAAAUGUUGACAAAAUAUUGUAAAUGGAAAGACAACUGAUAAAUCUCAGUUAUAUUGUGACAAAGUGAAUUCCUUGUUAAGUUGAGAUGUAGUGAGACUGAAGAAAAUGGAAUAUUUCAUGUUAGAUGAUGGAAGGAUAUUACUUAUAAGCUUUUGCCUGAAAAUUACAGGUGUGCUUGAAUACAUAACAACUUUAACAAUGUUGUUCACAAGAUGUUGUCAGGAAUGAGGAAUUAUUUUCAAGUUUUGCAGAAAGUUCCUUUAAUUUCAAAAUUUUAUGAGACCAAAUGGUAAUAUUGUGCAGAAAUAGGCAGCAGUUAAACCAUAGAUAUAUUUGGGUUUAGAUGCAAUGCAAUGUAUUAAGAUCUAAGGAAACAACAUUUCAUGUGAUAUGAUAAAAUGUUUUAUUGGUGUUUGUCAGUUAUAUAAGGAAAUGUUUUUUUAUGUAUGGUUGUGCGGUAGAGUGGGAAGAUUUUAUAGGUGCAUUGCAUGUGUAUGUCAACAUGUUGAUAAUUUAGUUUUUAACCAGGGUCUAAAUGUCAAAGUUGUCUUGAUGCCAAAAUUUUCAUGCAAAAUUUUCAACCUUUCAAAGUCAGCUGAAAACUACUUGUGGAAGAAAAGUCAUUGGUAUUGGAGAUGUAUGGCUUGCAAUGUUUCAAAUCACCAGACUGCUUCUGUACCAUCACUUGGGUGAUAUAGCUCAGUGGUAGAGAGCUGACUUUGUAAUUGCAAGGCCCUUGGUUUUUGUGCCUGACUGUGUUUGAGUGAGUACAGGCAUAGAUUCAAGGUUAUGGCUGGAAGGAACUGGCCACCAUCUUGUGACUUAGUACACACGUUCUUCUGUGGACAUAUGUUCUAUGUUCAUUUUCUUAUAGUACCAUUUUUUUUUUUGCCUUUGACAUACUAUCUUAUUCUUUACUUAUGAUAUUAUGUUUCUAUAUCAAUGAUAUUUUGCCCUGUCUACAUACCAAAACUCAAGUACAAAUAUGGACUAAAGUUUCACAAACUUGAAAAUGCACACUUAUUAAAGUUUAUUUUAUAAAUAGUUGUGUCAAAUCAAGGGUCUGUUUGAUAGUUUUUUGUCAUUAUUAAUUAAUUAUCAAUAGUAAUAAUUUCUCCUAAGCUUAAGUAGAUGAGUUAUAUAUACAAAACUAAAAACUCUUUAAGAGAAGGUGCCACUUAGUUUUAGUCAAAGUAAUUGUCAAAAAUUUAAUGGAUUAUGUGCCAUAUAGUUUAUCUAUCAAAUGUUUUUAAAGAAUACUUUAUAAAAAUAUUAAAUGUUAAUAUAAAUGCAGUUUAGAGCUGCAAGUUUUGUUACUGAAAAUGUAUACUUCUAUAUCUAUAUUAGUAAUUUUCUAUGAUUCCUAGCAUAUUUUUGAACUGCUAAUAUAUCAACAAUAUAUUUUAAACCUUCUAAUGGACUGUUUUUGAUUGAAUGGGGAGUGUGAUUGUGAUCUGAUUAGGGACUGAAUAAGUGAGGGUGAAGGAGGGAGGCAUGGAGGAGUGAGUGAGUGAAUGGAUAAAUGAAUGAAUGAGGAAUGGGUGAAUGAAUGAGUGAGGGAGGAAUGAGUUAGGAGUGUGGAGUGAGUGAAAGAAUGAAUGUGAGGAGUGAGUAAGGGUUUUAGUGAGCAAGUAACUGAAUGAACAGUAAAAAUGUGAGUAAGGAGUGAGUGAGUGUGGAAUAAGUGGGUGAUUGAGGGAUAAUGAGAGAGUAGGUGAGUGAAUGAGUGACUAGUGAGGAGGUGAGUGGGUGACAAGUGUGAGGAGUGAUUGAGUGAGGGAGGGUGAGAGAGAGAGAAUGAGAAUGAGAGUGAGAGAAUGAGAGUGAAAGUGAGAGUGAGGGUGAAAGGGAGGGAGGGAUUGAUAUAAUUGUGUAAUCAAAUAUAACUUGCAAGCAGUUUACACACUUUUUGCAUGUUUCUCUUUUCUAUCACGAGUAGAAAAAAGUGCUGAAAAUGUAUUCUUUUAUUAUUAUCGUUUUAUAUACUCGUUAGAACUAAAUGUUGUCUGAAGGGCAAAUUAAAAGUACAGUAUCUUUCAAAAUAUUUUACAAUUUUACUAACCUUUCUACUGACAAGAGUUGCACUCCUUUUUAUGCGAGUAAUAACAAGUAAAGUAUCCUG